AAGAAGCUCGCUUGCUGAAAUAUGAAAAUGGCGGCUCUCUGCUGUGAGUUUGGGGACCUGGUGCAAAUCAAGAAACAGCUAAUAACAGUGAUAUCGCUUUGUAAAGAACGAGGACUUCUGCACAGCGGCAAGUGGGCUUCUGAGUUGGCCUUUGCUCUGGACCCUCUCCCUAAAGAUGAGUUACCCCCAGCCGCUCCCUUCACUGAGGAUGAUGCUCAAGACCUGGAUGCACUUACACUGGCUAAAUCCUACUUUGACCUGAAAGAGUAUGACCGUUCUGCUUACUUCCUGAAAGGCUGCUGCAGUCAGAAGGCCUAUUUCCUUUAUAUGUAUUCUCGCUAUCUGUCAGGUGAAAAAAAGAAAGACGAUGAGACGGUGGAUAGCCUGGGCCCCCUGGAGAAGGGUCAGGUUCGCAAUGAAGCCCUGCGAGAGCUGAGGGUUGAGCUCAGUAAGAAGCACAAUGCAGGAGAGUUGGACGGCUUCACCUUGUACUUGUAUGGGGUGGUGCUACGAAAGCUGGAUCUGCUAAAGGAGGCUGUCGAAGUGUUUGUUGAGGCAAUUCAUGCACUUCCUCUUCACUGGGGAGCCUGGCUGGAGCUCAGUAACCUUGUCACCAAUAUUGAAAUGCUGAAGUCACUGUCUCUGCCGGAUUGUUGGACCAAAGACUUCUUCAUGGCCCACAUGUACACAGAGCUGCAGAUGAUCAAAGAAGCAUUACAGAAAUACCAAAACCUCAUUGAGGCUGGAUUUUCUAAGAGCACCUACAUCAUCUCCCAGAUCGCUGUGGCCUACCACAACAUCAGAGAUAUUGACCAAGCUUUGGCUCUUUUCAACGAGUUGCGGGACCAAGAUCCAUAUCGCAUUGACAACAUGGACACAUUCUCCAACCUGCUCUAUGUUAAGAGCAUGAAGCCAGAGUUGAGCUACCUGGCCCACAACCUGGUGGAGAUCGACAAGUACCGAGUGGAGACUUGCUGUGUCAUCGGUAACUAUUACAGCUUACGCUCUCAGCAUGAGAAAGCAGCCCUGUACUUCCAGCGGGCUCUUAAGCUGAACCCUCGCUGCCUCGGGGCCUGGACUCUCAUGGGCCAUGAAUACAUGGAAAUGAAGAACACUUCAGCCGCCAUUCAGGCCUACAGGCAUGCUAUUGAAGUGAAUAAGCGUGACUACCGUGCCUGGUAUGGCUUGGGUCAGACGUAUGAGAUCCUCAAGAUGCCCUUUUACUGUUUGUACUAUUAUCGAAAGGCUCACCAGCUCAGGCCUAAUGACUCCCGCAUGUUAGUUGCGCUGGGUGAAAGCUACGAAAAACUGUCACAGCAAGUGGAAGGCAAGAAGUGUUACUGGAGGGCGUACUCUGUUGGAGAUGUAGAGAAAAUGGCUCUCCUCAAAUUAGCAAAGCUCCAUGAACAGCUGAAUGAGUCUGAUGAUGCGGCCCAGUGUUACAUGCUUUACAUCCAAGAUAUUUUCUACUGUGGGGAACAACUGGAGCACCUCGAGGUGAGCACAGCCCUACGGUACCUUGGUCAAUACUAUUUCAAGAACAAGCUCUACGAUGAAGCUUCUCUCUGUGCUCAGCGCUGCUGUGACUACAAUGAUGCACGUGAAGAGGGAAAAGCUUUGUUGAGGCAGAUCUCACAGGUCCGAGAUCAGAUCGAGACGCCCUCAGCGGAUCUGUUUGCACCGCUCUCGAACAACAACACUCCAGUCAGGAGGGUGUCUCCUCUGAACCUCAUCUCCUUCACACCUUGACCCCCACCCUACUCUUCACUGACCUUGAAACAGACAAUUUGUGAAACCUGUGACAUGAAACUUUGACAGGGUUGAUGGACUGUUGCUUGGAUUUUCCUGUGUUUGUAUACAAAAUUGUUUAUGGCAUUAAAAAUGCUUUUGUUUGUACAA